AUGAGUUAUCAAAAAUUAAGAGUAAUUGACGAUAAGUGCUUGGAUAAAUUCAAAAAGGAAUCAAAAUGUUGUAUUAUAAUAAAAGAUUUGGUCUAUGAUGUAACUUCAUUUUUUGAUCACCCAGGGGGGUAUGACAUUUUUAAGGAAUAUGCGGGAAAAGACACAACUACGGCGUUUGUUCAAAUUGGGCAUUCUAUUAAUGCUCAAAAAUUAAUGAAAAAUUAUUUAAUCGGAAUAAAAAAAAACUCCCCAUUAUAUGAACAAAAUAAAAAUACAAAAACUGUCAAUGGAAAAAUAGAGUAUAUUGAUUAUUUGUUGGAAGAAAUAAAAGAAAAGGAGUCACCAAAAAUAGACAUCCCCGAAACAAAUGGAAAAGAAGACAACACGAACUAUAUGCUCGUCGCUGGUAUUGUAGCUGGGUUUAGCAUUGCCUAUUAUUUGAUGUUUUUAAAAUAA